AUGGGAGCAGCCUAUUUACCUGACGUCUGGAAUGACGAUGUUACAAUGCAUGGUCUUUUAUCAGUUAUAAAAGAAAGAUCAGUUAAUAAAGUAGAUUAUGAUCGCAAAGUCAAAUUUUGGUCUGAAACCAUCUUCGAUUCGUGUAUUGGGGAACGUAAUGCAGUAUUUGAUUUGGUUUCUUUGAAAAAACGAUUUCGGCGAGGAGAUCGAGUUCCAGCAAGUCUUCCAGUUGUUCUCGAAUACAUGAAAAAGUAAGUUUUUUCCAUUUUUCUAGGCAAAUCAAAUCGAAGAUAAAAAUCUAAAAAUAUUUUCAGAAACAAUGAAAUUCAAACGUUGAAUGAAUGGAAAGAUAGUCAUUCUGGAUGGCUUGGUUGGGGUUUAUCGGUGACUCGAAAUUGGAUGUUUGGAUCAUCGUCUGAUAGCGAGAAAUUUGUUCAUAUUCCAACAAUUAAGGUUUGAAUUUUAAUUUUUUUCAAAAUUUUGAACCCAGUUUUCAUUUUCAGAAACAAGCAGAUGAUGUUCUCAAAAUUUACAACGAAGAACUUCGAUCAGAAGUUGAUUGCACGGGUGAAGUCGUGGCUUACAAUGAGUUUUUUGAACGGGUUAGAAAUGUCAUUGCUACUUCUGAAACUUUCGAUAUUGUUCUGGAACAUUUGAGUGACAUUGGUGAAUUGACAAUCGGAAACACUUCGAAUGGAGAAAAAGUGUUGAAAUUCAAAGAUCAUGGAAGUCAAGAUCCUGUAAAGUUCACUGAAGCUGAUGCAAGUUUAGUUGAUAUUCGAAAAGCUAUGAACAAAUUGGAUAGAGAAAUUCAACAAUUGGAAGAAAAAGUAAAGAAAUAUGAUCAACAAUGUCGAACUCUUCUUCGAAAUGGAGAUAAACAAAGAGCUCAAAAUUUCUUGAGACAAAGAAAACGGGCUGAAAAAGAUAUGGCUGACAAAGAUGCACAAUAUCAGAAACUUCUUACAAUGCUUCAUCAAAUAUCAUCAGCUAAAAAUAACAAAGAUGUUUUGAAGGCAUAUCAAUCAGGAACUGCUGCAUUUAAAGCAACAUUAGCCAGACAAGGAUUGACACCUGAUAAAAUACAUGAAACAAUGGAUGAUGUUGCAAGUUCUUUGGACGAAUACAAAGAAAUCGAAGAAGCUAUUUCUUCACCAUUUGCUGAUCGAUCUUCAGUGAAUGAUGAUGAAUUAGAAAGGGAGUUAGAUGAUCUUUUGAAUGCUCACAAGGUAAAUAGUUUCUGGUUGAUAGUCAUUUCACAAAAUUCGGUUUUCAGAAUGACUCUCUUCAUCUUCCUGAAGCUCCAACAAAUCGAUUCGGUUUAUUCGACGACAAUCAAGAUGAGGUUGAGACGGAGCAACAACAACUGGAGAGAAGAUUAGCUCGUUUGAGAGAAACAGCAUAA